AUGUCUCUAAUGAAAUGUAUUGGUCAUGUGAUAUAUGCCAUUGCCGGAGGCACAGUUUUGAUAUCAUGUAUUUUCAACUUUUUGGUUUCUUCGUGGAUGCCGUGUAUAAUGGACGGAGUUGAUUGCAAUAACAAAGGAUUCACAUCCCUGUCAGGAAUGUAUUCGAGGUUCGUUGCCGCGACUUGUUUUGUAUCGUGCUUGAUUAUGCUUUACAAAUUCAGUUUUUCGAUGAAGGGGUACAACAAUAACGUGGAGGCGUACAGUAACUACUCACCAGUCACCCGGAAGGACCGCCGCAGUUAUUUGAUAUUUACGUGGACUGUCACAGUCUCCUUAUUGACAAUCAUCCUUCCUAUAAAUGUACUUCGGUUGAGAAUCAUGUACAACAAUCAUACAAACACGUUAGUUUGGAUAUUUUUCGUAGUUAUGUAUGUAGAAAAUCUUUUUAUUUCCGUUUCGGAAUUGUAUUUUGCGUCAAAGUGCUGGAAUCUGUACUUGAAGUUUAGCAGUAUAAACGCCGACUUGAAGCAACUCAAGGACGAAGUGUCAAAUGUUUUCCCACUGUCUACGAACGUGCAGCUAAAAAAAAGUUAUCACCCUAGAUGGUUACACCGACAACAUCGGAUUACUAGCUUUAUAAAUUUUUAUAGUCCCCCGAAAGGACAAAGACAACUAGCCACUGUUGUUGAAAUCCUUAGAAUCAGACAUCGGCUGAUCCGUGAAGCGGUUACCAAUCUCACCGAAUUGUUUGGCCUUCCGAUGUGUUUGUCUCUAUGUUCACUGUGCGUAAUGGCAUUGUUUGAUAUCUACUACGAAGUAUUCAAUUUGUUGAACUAUCGGAGUCGAUCAAGCAUAUUUAUAUAUGGUUGGUUGACACAAUACUCAUAUCGGUUCUACAUGAUUGUAAUGGUAGCUGAUACCAUGAUGAAGCAGAUUCUAACGUGCACUACUCUCAGGGCCGAAAGGACUAAAUGGGUCAAGUUCAUUCUGAUGGCAGUGCAAGUAUAA